AUGGGCCGGGCCAUGCCCCCGGCCCGCCCCCGGCCCCGGGCGGGGCUGCCCCGUGCCCAGCCCCGGCCGUCCCGCCGCGGUCUCGCCUCCGCCCGGCUCUGGCUGUACUGGCGGUGGCGCUGCUGGGCGGGCAUCAGUGCCUGGGGCGGGGGCGGCAUCGCCGCCUUUUGCCUCCGCCAGUCCCGACCCCGGCCCCGGCCCCGGCCCCGGCUCCUCCCGGGGCCCGCGGAGCACACAGGCGGCGCGGCCGCUCCCGCCGCCUCCGCUGCGGCUUCCCCGGCCCGAGCUCCGCCGCUCGGCAGCGCGGCCGCCGGCCCCGAGCCUCCCGUGCCGCGUUCCCGGGAGCGAACGCCUGGGCAUGGCCGGCCCGGGGCGGGUGAGGGGCGCUCGGGGGCCCUGGCUGGCCUCGGGCCGAGCGCUGACAUCCGCGUCCCGCCCGCAGGGACGGCGCAGGAGGCCCUGCUGGAGCGGUACCGGCUGGGAUCGCUGCUGGGGCGCGGCGGCUUCGGCAGAGUCUUCGCGGCCACGAGGAUCUCGGACGGCGCCCCGGUGGCCAUCAAAAGGGUGCCACGGAACCGCGUCCGGCACCGGGGCGAGCUGCCCGACGGCACCAGCGCACCCCUGGAGGUCGUGCUGCUGGCCAAGGUGUCCACUGGCUUCCCCGGUGUGGUCCAGCUGCUGGAGUGGCUCGAGCUCCCCAACUGCAUCGUGAUGGUGUUGGAGCGGCCAGAGCAGUGUCAGGACCUGCAGCGUUUCAUUGGGGCACGGCGGUUCCUGCCCGAGGAGGAGGCGCGGGAGCUGUUCCGCCAGGUGCUGGAGGCCGUGCGGCACUGCACCAGCUGCGGGGUCCUGCACAGGGACAUCAAGCCAGAGAACAUCCUGGUUGACCUGGACACCGGGCAGGCCAAACUGAUUGACUUUGGCUGUGGCACCUACCUGCAGGACACAGUCUACACUCACUUUGCAGGAACACUGUCCUACAGCCCCCCAGAAUGGAACGACUUUGGCUGGUACCAUGGCGAGCCAGCUACCAUCUGGUCCCUGGGCAUCCUGCUGCACCAGAUGGUCUGCGGGGAGCACCCUUUCAGAAGGGGCCAGAACCUCAGCUGGGGCCAGCUCCCGCUGCCACAAAGGCUCUCUCAAGAGUGCAAAGACCUGAUCAGGUGGUGUUUAUCCAUGAACUCCUUGGACAGACCCGCACUGGAAGACCUGUUCUGUGAUCCUUGGAUGUGGGAUAUUCCUCUGCCAUAG